GCUAUUAAUUAAGGCGAAGUUAACUGAGACAGUUAAUUAGGAUAUAGCUAAUUAAGGCGCUCGAGCCCACGACCUUUAGUGGGAGAAAAGAAGCAAUAGGAAGUAACAGUGGAUUCGAUUGAGAACGUCAGGUAAUUUAAUGAAUGUCUCGUGAAUGCGCAGGCUUUCGUCUUCAUCCUCUUUAGCGUACGCUUACAGCGACUGUCCACUGCUUUUUUUUUUUUUAAUUUGUGCGGCCGGUCCAAUCCUCCCUCCCCCUUCCAACCCCCAUACCGUGGGCGUAUGCCAUGUUGAAAACGAAUCGACGUCGACAUCAACGCAAAUCUCACACUGCCGUCGAUUAUGGGAUCGAAGCUGGCCGCUCCAUUUGCUCUGUUCGCCGUCGUGACCCUGCUGCAGCGGCCUCGUUUCUGCGCGUGCUUCCUUGACGAAGAGCUGCGCCUGAGCUUCACGAAGUCGGGCAUCGUGACGGACGUGAUACCGAAGGUUCCCAAGAACUUGGUCGUCGUCACCUACCCCGCAGGCGCCCACGUCCAGUUGGGCAACACGCUCACGCCUGAACAGACGGCGGACGUACCCGACGUACGGGUCCCGGGAGAUCCGGACCGCUGGUACACAGUGAUUCUCCUCGACCCCGAUGCGCCGUCGCGUAAGGACCCCAAGAUGCGUCAUUGGCUCCACUGGCUGGUGGUGAACGUGCCGCAAGGCGAAACGACCACGCUGACCAAGUACGCGGGCCCGACGCCGCCCCCUGGCACCGGGGAGCACCGAUACGUGUUCCUCGUGUACAAGCAACAGGGGGUUGUCACGCCGAACGGCCUCAAAGGCUUCGGCAAGGAGAGGGCAAAGUUCAACCUCACGGCGUUCCUCGAAGCGGCCGACCUGAACGAACUGGUGGCUGCCAACUUCUUUGUCGCCGAGAACAAGUAGCCAGGCGCACUGGGCGUGGAUCGUACGAAGCCUCCUCUUCCGUGGCGGGGUGCUUUGCAGCUGGCUGUUCACUAAAGCAACAGCAAUGGAACAUGAUUUCUGGCGUUUCACUGCGCUAUGUUAGUACUUCAAGUCCCUGCGUGGUGGUCUUGCCGGAGACGGCAGUAUUGGAGUCCUGACACAUUAUGUCUAAAAAAAAUGCUGUGAGGGCGUGCCGGCAGUAGUAAUUGCUUGUUUCGUGGAGGAAGGGAAAGAAAGUUUUUCUGCUGACCACACAUUAGUAUUGCCCGUGUCACGUGAGCAGCAGAGGGGGGAGGAGGCGCAAGGGAUAUGAGUAAAGUGGACCGGGAGUGAGGAAAGGAGAGAGGAUUCACUGCAGGUGGUGGGGAGGAUAUCCCACACCUAGAUACAUAUUGUGACCAGCAGUAAAUAGCAUGACACUGUCCCACACACCGUCUAGAUAGUUUGUAAAGCCGUAGCGAUGCAAGGCCCGACUGUUCUUGCCAAAGAGACGCAGAGAGCUAUAGCUCUCCGAGCUGCUGCCCGCGCAUGCGCGAGGGGCCACGUGACCAGAGGAGCGCCUCAGUGCGGUUGGCCGGCCGUUCGCACGGUAGCAGCCCACGAGUUCCUUCCGCAGUGAUGCGAUCGUUCUGCACCGCAGAAAAUUGCC